AUGACGGAUAAUUGCAAACACGUCCUCAAAGUAAAAACAAGCAUUCAGUUAGGAAUACUCUCCCCCGAACACUGGCAUUGCAACAAUUGCCAUACAACAGAAAGUGUUUGGGCCUGUCUGUCAUGUAGCAACUUUGCAUGUGGUCGUUAUAUUUCUGAGCAUGCGUUGCAACACUUUCAACAAACAAAUCAUCCUCUGUGUAUAGAAGUGAAUGAAAAAUUUGUGUACUGUUAUAUAUGCGACGAUUUUGUUCUCAAUGAUAACGCACCGGGUGAUAUUAAACUUCUCCGCAUGGCUUUGGAUGCAGUCACUACUCAAGAUUUCGGCAAGCUUCUCAAACAAAAAGGGGGCAGACGAAUUCUUAGAUUCCGUGGUAAAGACGCUGAAAAGAACAGUUUACGUCUGUUAAAGGCAGAUGAUAUACAAACUGCAGUUGUCCGAAACAGAACUUCUUGUCUUUCAUGGGCAUUACAUCUUUGGUGGUCAAGAUAUGCUGAAUCAAAACUUAACGCAGUUAACUACAAGAAAAAGACAAAAAGCAGAAAGAUACCACUGACACUAACUCCUGCUUUUACAGGUUUGCGCAACUUGGGAAACACCUGUUACAUGAAUUCGAUACUGCAAAUUUUGCGUCACACUGCUCCUUUCGCUAAUUAUAUCAUGAACCAUACGUUGAGUGAAAUUAAUUCUCAUUCAAGGAAGCGUCACAGCCACCCUGAUGACUUAUCUAUUGGAGACCCAGUGUGUCCUGUCAAGCGACAAGCAACGACAUCAUCACUUUCGAAAAAUCAAAUUAUAAUAACUAACGACUGUGAAAAUUCAUGGAGUUCACUACCUACCAAAUCACCUUCAUGUUCUACAAAUACAGAAAAUAGUUUUGGUCAUUAUAGUGAGCCAAAUUUAGUUUCUGUAAGAAAAAAUAUCAUUCCUAAGUGCAAAUCCUUUGGUGGUUUAAAUGGCGGCCAGUGCCCGAAGUUUGUAUAUGGCUGUUAUCAGCAAUCACCUGCGUCAUCGCUAGUCAACUCGCAAGUAUCAUCAAUACCUUCUCUUUAUGAAGAAAUAAAUAAUUUAUUUAAGUUAUUAUGGUCAGGUCAAAGGUCUGUUGUCAGUCCAAGUAACCUCUUAAGUGCCGUUUGGGCCACCCUCCCAACAUUUAAAGGAUAUAAGCAACAAGAUGCUCAGGAAUUUUUGAGUUUGUUACUUGACCGUUUACAAGCAGAACUACAUGGUGUCCCAAUGUCUGUAUCCAGUGGUUGUGAUUUUAUCACUCGUGCUUUCCGUGGAUAUUCCGUGAGUCAUAUACAAUGCUCUACUUGUCAUGUAACCGCUUGUACUGAAGAGCCGAUUUAUGAACUUAGUCUUUCACUACCCACCAAAUGCCAUUCCGAUGAGUCAUGUACAUUUGAUAUAGUAGAUUUACUUCGUCAAUUUGUUAGCCCCUCUCCAAUUGAUGGAGCCAGUUAUGCAUGUGUUAAAUGCAAUCAGUGUUCAGAAAUAAAUAGGAAAGAAACAGAUUUCACGAGACCGGUAUUCAAUCAGUGCAGUUAUGAUUCAAAUGAUCAGUUAGGCAAUUUGUCUUAUCCUGUGAAUAAAAUUAUAUCUAUCGCACUGUCCAGGCUCGCAUCUCCAUCUUGUAGUCCUCAGUUAUCUUAUCCUGAUUUCAGUACAUCAUGCGAGUUAACUGAAACUUUUUCACUGUCAGAAAGUCCAUUAUCCGUUUCUUCAAGUGUAACUGGUUUUGAAGAACAAUACACCAAUCCACCGAUUGAAAGAUCACAUCAAAUUACUCAACCAUCCGUUGUUCAGUUCCCAAUCAUCACUUCACCUAAGAAUUUUCCAACUCCUCUUCCUAAGAACUCAUUGUUAACUCAUGCAACCCAAACAAUUCGCCUUUCUAAACUCCCACGAGUUUUGCGGCUACAUAUUAAACGCUUCCGUUGGGUUGGUAGACAAAGAGAAAAGCUAACAUGUCAUGUAUCAUUUCCUCUUAUCUUGAAUAUGAGUGAAUUCGUGUUAAAUGAUGUAGACAGAGCAGAAUGUCAUCAGCCUCAUUUACAUCAGACAAAAUCUGAUCAUAUAGAUGAACCUGAAGCUUCUAUCGAUAACUUAAGCUGUCAUCAGUCGUCCAUAUUCACUUUGCCAAAAGAGUUUGAGAAAAGUUCACUUAAGUAUCUUUACCAUUUGACCGGCGUUGUCGUGCAUCAUGGGCGAGGGCUUCAGUCUGGUCAUUAUACCUCUUACUGUUUGAAUGAUAAUCCAGAGUGUUGGUUGCAUUGCAAUGAUGCUAACGUAUCUUUAUGCGAUUUCUCAGAAGUAGCAUCAGCUCAGGCCUAUAUUCUAUUUUAUUCAGAGCUCAUGCCACGAACACCCUUUCCAAAGUGGUAUAGAGAUUCAAUAGCUUCUGUCAGUUCCUACAGCACUACGCCUUAUUCUGUUUCAGAACCCGAAUUAUUAAAAAAUCAGUCUAACAGUCCAUCAUGCUCUAACAAUCAUGAAAAUACUUGUAAAAAUUUCCAAGACAAUCCUGUAUUACAGGAAAAAGAAUCAAAAACAUAUUCCACCAGAAGUUAA